UUGAAUGAGUAAGUGAGUGAGUGAAUGAGUAAGUGAGAAAUACAUUUAGGCUACUUCCAACGAAGCGUUUCACUAAACGGAUCAAAAAUGACUAGUCAAUUCGAAGAAGAUAUCCACGACCGGGGAGACAGUAAGAGUAAACCGCUCACUCUGCUCUCCUCCUACUGCAUCGACAGUAUUCUGGGCCGACGGAGCCCCUGUAAAGUCAGGCUGAUAGGGGCGCAAAGUUUGACAGCUCUACCCUGGAGACAGGAGAACGACAAGCAGACCGAAGGCUCAACUAAAGACCACCUAUCAACAGACACAGACAUGCACCUUCCACCAAAGCUGCGCCGACUCUACGGCCCAGGCGGGAAGUACCUGGACCACGGACGGGUUUUAGUUCACAACCUCGAUGAGAAAUUGGAUAGGGAAAGGCUUCUGGUGGACCAAGCCUGCGAGAGUCUCAAAAUCAACCAGGCUCCACAGGUGAGCAUUAGCCGGAGCAAGUCAUACCGGGAGAACGCGUCCCUAAACCGGGGAGAGGGAGGUCAGAGCCCCGCUGGUGUGCCGGAGGAUGGACCCGGGCUGAGACUAGGGCUCAUGAAGUUCGAGGACGCGGGGAAAGAAGAGGAGAGCUGUGGGGAGGCGAUGGGUCUCUCCCCGAAGGACGAGGAGAGGGAGAGCAUCCACGCCGGGGAUGGAGACGUGAGGGACGGCGAGGACAGCGUGUGUCUGUCGGCAGGCAGUGACUCGGACGAAGGGAUGCUAAAACGCAAGCAAAGAAGAUACAGGACUACAUUCACCAGCUAUCAGCUGGAGGAGCUGGAGAAGGCUUUCCGGAAGACACACUACCCCGACGUCUUCACCAGAGAGGAGCUUGCGAUGCGGCUGGAUCUGACCGAGGCGCGCGUGCAAGUGUGGUUUCAGAAUCGUCGUGCCAAGUGGCGUAAGCGUGAGAAGGCAGGUGUCCAGACAUACCCCCCUGGCCACCCUUUCCACGGGCCCCUGUCUGCCACGCACCCCCUCAGCCACUACCUGGAUGGGGGUCCCUUCUCCACGCACCACCACCCCGCCCUGGAGUCUGCCUGGACCGCCGCGUUUCCUGGUCUAGCUCCUCACCAUAGCAACCACUCGGCCCAGCACCAAGGGACACCACUGGGGCUUGGGACAUUCCUGGGUGCAGCUGCCAUGUUCCGUCACCCCACCUUCAUCGGGCCCACCUUCGGCAGGAUCUUCUCCAGUAUGGGCCCUCUGACCAGUGCUUCCACCGUUGCUGCACUCCUCAGCCAGCCUGCCCCUUCCAUCAAGACUCCCUCCAUCCCUCCCCCGGUCCUCUCUGACCCUUCCUCCUCCACAUCGCCCUCCUCCUCGGCUGCAGCAGACCGCAGAGCAUCCAGUAUUGCAGCUCUAAGGCUGAAGGCUAAAGAGCACUCUGCCCAGAUCACCCAGGUCCACAUCCUGCCCAGCAGAUCUCCAGGGAAGGAGGUGUGCUGAACAGCUGUUAUCCCAACCUUUUCUCUCUCUCCUGGGCUUUUGUCCCUCACCUGUCCUCCUCUUACCUCUCAUACCUCUGGAGUGGUGUGGUGGGUGGAUCCAACCCUUAUCUCUAACUUCUGAUCUUCUAACUUCCCCACCCCUUCCCCAUAAUUCUUAGCCCCAAACAAAAAGCACAACCAAAUUCAAAGAGCACUGGCAAA